AAAAUUAUAAAUAAAUUUGUUUUAAAUAAAUUAGCCUACAUUAUGUACCAAUCGAAUCUGUCUAAGUGUAUGUAAGUAUGUUUGCACAAUAAUGUAGCAUUUCUGUGUGAAAAACACAAAGAAAUAAAUUUUCUUUUGUCGCUUUUCGAAAUCAAAAGAUGCAUGAAUGUAGAUGAUGAUGCUGGCAAAAUUGCUCUCAAUCAAUAAAAACUGAAGUGGUCAUACUUCCUAGACAGUGUCAGUUUCCUGCCUUAUUCUAAUUCCCUAUAACGUGAAUAUAACAAAAAGAGGAAGAAUGGAUUGGUUUACGGAUGCCGAAUACAACCAUUCAAAUGCUCAGUCAACACUUCCUAAUGAAAACGAUACUGUGUACCAUGACUUUCAUAAAAAGAACCCUGGCCUUUUUUUACCUUAUCCUUUACAAAACAAGAAUCAGUCUAAUACGGAAUUAUGCUCACUGUCUUCCAGUGUUAUUCAGCUCGGAUGUCAAGCUGAGGAUGAGACUUUAAUAAAUCAGGAUUAUAAAGCGAACCCUGAAACUUCUCCAGCAUUAGUCAUCAGUGACGUCAACGAUCAGUUAUACUGCAUUAAAGAUUAUUCUCACUGCUAUUCUUCAGAAUCAUUAUUCCUACAGAAUACAAAGACAUCACAGUCCUUUGAGGGAUCACAUAUGCCAGUGGCAUACGACUCAAGUGGAGCUUGCUAUUUUUCCAGCAACAGUGCUGAUAACAAGAGGCGAAGGAUUCAGAUAAACUGUACACAGAAAUCUUCAAUCAGUUCAUUCACGCACUCUCAAUACAAUACUAUGCCUAUCAGUUACGAUGAGUAUUUCAUUUCAAGUAGUCGCUUCCACCAUCAAGCUGACAGUAAAUUGCAGAAACCUGAGACUAUCUAUCAACAACCACCGAUUUUCGACUAUUCCGCUUCUGUGGGAUAUCAAGAAGCGGUUAUUGACUCUAAUUCAAAGAGGAAAAAUGACGUGUUGGUGGGAGCGCACACUUUAAUAUGUCGAUGGAAAUCGUGUUAUCUAGCUUUUACAGAUCAUAAAUCUUUUGUAAACCACAUUGAAACAUCACAUGUCGCUUCUCAUAUAUCUAGCAAAGAAUACUGUUGUUAUUGGGAAGGCUGUCGACGUCAGCUAAAACCAUUUAACGCCAGAUAUAAGUUAAUUGUUCAUCUGCGUAUUCAUAAUGGUGAUCGACCGAGUAAAUGCUUAUAUCCUGAUUGCUGUAAAGCAUUUUCACGUUUGGAGAAUUUGAAAAUCCACAUGCGAUCGCACACUGGUGAAAGGCCAUUCAUCUGUCAACAAGACGGCUGUAAUCGCGCGUUUUCAAACAGUUCCGACAGAGCCAAACACCAACGUACGCAUAUACAUACUAAGCCGUAUGCCUGUAAGGUAUUCGGAUGCACUAAAAGGUACACAGAUCCAAGUUCAUUGAGAAAACACUUAAAGUCUCAUUCCAUGCAGGAAUUCAGUGUACAAAAUAAAAACAGUAUGGUACAUGAAAGAAUGUUAAUUAAAAUAAAUAAUAUAUCUAAUUCAGUUACAAGCUGUUCUUCACAAGUGUCUCCUUACACCCCGAACACUGUGGAGAACUCAAAAGAAAUAAACACAGAUCCGCAUAACCUUUUGAAGUAUAACUCAGAUAAAAACAUCACAAAUGACAAUAAACUAUCAUAUGACAACUUAGUUCCUACAGAUCAUGUACAGAACAACUUACAAUAUUCAUUUCCUUAUAUCGUGAAUGCACAAACUGGAACAUGGAUGGAAAACAACAGUUACUUCGCCUGUUCAUGUAAUUCAUCUCAAGAACCCGAAUGGAAUGUUAAGCCCCAGUUUCACUCAAACUAUUACUUCACUGAACCCACACCGUGGAAGGAUGAAGUUACUCCUGUGCUGUCUCCAUCUAUUUGGGAUGCAAAUAAAACAUAUAUGCAGGAUUUUAACACAAGAAGCCAAUGGUGAUUAUGAUUAAGGCCUGGUACAGAACUUUGAGUUCUCCUACAUUUUAACAGUCUGAACAAUUAGAAUUCAGUUGAAAAGAGACUGUGAGCCAGUGAUUAUUUCUUCUAUUUCUUCUUCUUCACUUGUUCACUGACUUAUUUGUCUUUCACCCACUUUACUUUCCUCUACAUACUCAGUGCAAUUACUUCUACAAAACAGAGUGAAAAGUAUUCAGUAAAAACAUUUUUUAUUUAAUGGGUUCCAUUAUUUUUUCAUUGUGACAUAUUUUCUUUUACCUAUUUUCAUAUUGUUGCCGUUUAGUAAUUUACUGGUGUUUAUUUUGGAAUAAAAGUCAGUUUUGGAUACCAGUAGCCAGAUAAACGUUGUGGCCGAAAAAAAUUGCAACAUGACCCCCCAGGUACCAGCCAAAAUCAUUUGUCAUCGCCUAUAUUUAACCUGGUACCCUAAAUUGUACUAAUUUAUGCAUGCAUCAGAUCACUUCCAUUUCUUUUUUUUCCACCAACUACGUACGGACUGAGAUCUUAAACUCAACGGAACUAAAUAGUUUUGACAAACGUGUUGAGUAGGUCGUUUUCCACACAUAUACAAGCGAUAGAUUCACUUUAAUCAAAGCAAAUAUGUCUUGUCUAGUUCUGGUAGAACUAGACUCAACACUUGGUAUUGUACAUCGCAUCAAUAGUAAAAUAAAUAUAUUUUUUCUCUUCGAUUUAAAACUGACGCCUUACUGAUAGUUUCUUUUAAUAAUUUUUGGUUACUGGUAUUGUAUAAUGCUCAUUGAACUGAUUUUUGAUUUAUGAACUUUGUAAUUCGACUGCAUGAAUUCAUUUUAAUACUGUGUUUAUCGUCUGAAAUAUUAUUGUGAUUACUGUCAGACUUCGCCUUAUAUCAUCCAAUUAAAUUAUCAACAAACGACGUUAAUUUUAACAGUCAGUGUAGCGCUUUUAGUUACACACUGAGGAUAUUCAAUCGAAUAACAG